AUGCGGGGCCCGCGGGGGACUGCGGGGCGCGGCGGGGCUCGGGCGGCCCUGGCAGUGCUGCUGGCGGCCGCCCUCGCCCCGCGCCCGGCGCGGCCGCACCCGCAGUGCCUGGACUUCAAGCCGCCGUUCCGGCCGCCCCAGGGCCUCGCCUUCUGCCGCCGCUACGCCGACUUCGGCUGCUGCGACCCGCGCCGCGACCGCGCCCUGCUCCAGCGCUUCUACCGCCUCAGCGCCCGCCUCGACGGGCACAGCUACGCCGCCUGCGCCGGGCACCUGCAGGACCUGCUCUGCCAGGAAUGCUCUCCAUAUGCAGCUCACUUAUAUGAUGCUGAAGAUCCCUCCACCCCCGUGCGGACGAUACCAGGACUUUGCCAGGACUAUUGCACGCAAGUGUGGCAGAACUGCCGCUCCAUCUUUCGCCUCCUCUCUGCAGACCGAGAGUUAAUUGCACUGGAAAACAACAUGGCAAAACUCUGCCGCUACCUGACCUUGGAGGACACCGACUACUGCUUCCCACACCUGCUGGCUAACCAGAACCUUAACCAGAACCUGGGGUUAGUCACGGCCGAUGCGGAGGGCUGUCUCCAGCUCUGCCUCGUGGAGGUCGCCAACGGGCUGCGCAAUCCCGUCGCAAUGGUGCACGCCAACGACGGCACCCACAGGUUCUUCAUCGCAGAGCAGGUUGGCCUGGUGUGGACCUACCUCCCUGAUGGAUCCAGGCUUGAAAAGCCAUUUCUGAACAUCAGCGAAGCCGUACUUACCUCCCCGUGGGAAGGAGAUGAGAGAGGGUUUCUAGGUAUUGUCUUCCACCCUAAAUUCAAAUUUAGUGGUAAAGUUUAUGUCUACUAUUCAGUUGAAGUUGGUUAUGAAGAGAGGAUCCGGAUCAGUGAGUUCAGAAUUUCUCCUACUGACAUGAAUGCCUUGGACCAUCGUUCUGAAAGGAUAAUCCUGGAAAUAGAAGAACCUGCUUCCAACCAUAACGGAGGAGAGCUGCUCUUUGGAGAUGAUGAAUAUCUCUAUAUAUUUACUGGAGACGGAGGCAUGGCUGGGGAUCCUUUUGGGACCUUUGGAAAUGCCCAGAACAAAUCAGCCCUGCUGGGCAAAGUGCUGCGGAUCGAUGUGAAUAACAAUGACCGUGGGCCCCUGUACCGGAUCCCUCCUGACAACCCUUUUGUCAAUGAUCCUACGGCUCGCCCUGAAGUCUAUGCCUACGGAGUGAGGAAUAUGUGGCGCUGCUCUUUUGAUCGGGGUGACCCUCACACCAAGGAGGGGAAAGGGCGGCUCUUCUGCGGAGACGUGGGACAGAAUAAAUAUGAAGAAAUUGACAUCGUCGAGAAAGGGAAAAAUUAUGGCUGGAGAGCGAGGGAAGGGUUCAGCUGUUACGACAAAAAGCUUUGUGCCAACUCUUCGAUGGAUGAUGUGCUCCCAAUUUACGCAUAUCCACACAAAAUGGGGAAAUCUGUUACGGGAGGCUAUGUCUAUCGGGGCUGCGAGUCUCCAAACCUGAAUGGCCUGUACAUAUUUGGGGAUUUUAUGAGUGGACGCCUGAUGUCUUUGAAGGAGAAUCGUGCCACUGGAGAGUGGCAGUACAGUGAAAUCUGCAUGGGGACAGGACAAACGUGCAUGUUCCCUGGGCUUAUCAAUAACUAUUACCAAUACAUCAUCUCUUUUGCUGAAGAUGAAGCAGGGGAAUUGUACUUCAUGUCUACUGGUGUUCCAAGUGCCACGGCUCCCAAUGGAGUGGUGUACAAAGUGGUGGACACCUCCAGGAGAGCACCACCAGGAAAAUGCCAAGUUGAGCCAUCGGCAGUGGAAGUAAAAAGCAAGCGCAUCCCGUUUGUGCCAAAGGAGAAGUUUAUUAUGCAAACACCGACUCCACAACCCCGGCUGAAGACCACGACCGAGGCCCCACGGGGACGCAGGCCAGACCCCAAAACCCCCACCAAAGCAGCGCCCAGUGGGAGGACCCCCAGGCCCGGGAAGGGAGCAGGGAAGAGGGGGCAGCGCAGGAAGCAGCAGCCACGGAACGGCGCCGUGCGGCUGAUGGAGCGGGGGCGGCGCGGGCGCGGCCGGGGCCGGGUGGAGGUUUACAUCGACGGCGAGUGGGGCACGGUGUGCGACGACGGCUGGGGCUCGCCCGCCGCCGCCGUGGUGUGCCGCCAGCUGGGCUUUCCCCACGUGGUGCGGGCCACCAAGAAGGCAGAAUUCGGGGAAGGGACCUCCCUCCGCAUUCUCCUGGACGAUGUCCAGUGCUCCGGGCAGGAGAGGACGCUGCUGGAGUGCUCCCACGCCGACGUGGGCGUGCACAACUGCUCGCACGAGGAGGAUGCCGGCGUGGUGUGCAGCCGGGAGGAGGUGGCAGACUGGUGACAGGGGAGCUGGGGAAGGCAGCAGAGGGACUUGGAGCACAUCCCUUUCUUGCCCAACCCUCUGAACCAGCUGCAGUUUUGCGGAGGGUGUGCCCCGUCCUGAGCGUGUUGCGUCUGUUCAAAGUAACCUCAUGGUUUUCUGCAUGUUUGUCCCCAUGCAUGUGCCUUGGAGGGAAAGAAAAAGUAAAACAAAGUGACUUGACUAUGUUGCGGGCAGGGACUACAUUUCUAUGUUUUUUUUUUAAUAAGAAGAAAACCUCAAACAUCAGCCUUUAUAGAUUAGAAAAGAGAUGCAUCCUGUUGCUCUUUCCCUUUGAAAAUACAGCAUUCCUCAGCUGUGCUUCACAGUGUUUUGCCAAAAAAUAAAUUCCCAAAUGACUGUGUUUUGCUCUUAUGGAAUCAUUUGUGUUGUUUGCCUUGCUUUUGCCACCUGCAGCUCUGAGCAGCAGAUUUUAAUAUGUGUAAAUCUGUGCCUUUCUUUGCAAAAUACAAAAGUAUGUAUUUUUUUUUAACUUCCCACUCACUAGUUUAAAGAAAAAUUAUUUUUCUCCAAUGGUUUUUAUUGGUAUAAACCUAGUGGUCAUCAAGGAUAACUGUGUCUAAGCAAAAUCAGAUCAUUUAAAAAACCCCCAUUACAUACUGCCUAGACAAAUAUUUCUGCAGUUUACACUAGCCCCAGUGGCAAGAAAAUCUGACCCCUUUUACAUGGACAGGAUUGAAAAUCUGUCCCUUUUUACACGAACAGGAUCAUUAUCCUAAUUAACCCUGAAGAUACUUCUCCACUUUCCCAAAUUUUAUGAAGCCACAUGUUUUUGCAUUCAGUUUUCAUGGGUAUGAAUUGCUACACAAGAGGUUAUAUACUGCAGUAAUAAUCUUCUUUUUAGAGGAUAUUAAAAAAAACAAACUAACCAAAAACUUAUUUUGUCUGAAAUAUGUUUUUUUCACCUGAGUAGUUAUUGCAGACAUAUGUUCUCCUCUUGUGGUCUCUCUGCAUUUGAAAGUAUUUUGCCAGGUUAUUUUUUCCCUGGUGUAAUCAGGAUAGGGUUUGUUUUGCUGCUCACUCAAGAACAUAAGAAAGACCAAAAAAAUCCCAAAAGCAAACUCCCAGAUGUGAAAUGACCAGUGUCCAGAAAAGUUCACAAAUAAAACCUUGUAUCUAAGGGUCUCACCAUAGGUAUUUUUUUUAAUUCCCCAAUUUCAAGUUGACAGUGUCCUCUUAAACCUAAGACAUUGAUAU